AAAAAAAAAAAACACCAAAAUACCGAUGUGCCCUAUGAACCAAAAUUCAGCAGAGAGAACAGAGAGAAACAGAGACGCGAGUUUUUCCGGCGAGCAAUUCUGGGCUUUUCUUCCCCUCCUCCGCUCGCCCUGCUUUGGCGUUUCCAAGGAAAACCAUGGCCUGUGUGCACAUACCGGUGCGGAACUCGGAGGAGGAGGUCAGGGUAGCUCUUGAUCAACUCCCUAGGGACGCUUCCGAGAUUCUCGAUAUGCUCAAGGCCGAGCAAGCUCCGUUGGAUCUCUGGCUAAUCAUCGCGCGGGAAUACUUCAAGCAAGGAAAACUGGAACAAUUCCGUCAAAUUCUGGAGGAAGGGUCUAGUCCAGAUAUUGAUGAGUUCUAUGCUAAUGUUAGAUAUGAAAGAAUCGCGAUCUUAAAUGCCUUGGGUGCUUACUACCACUAUCUUGGAAAAAUUGAGACAAAACAACGAGAAAAAGAAGAACAUUUCACUUUGGCUACACAAUAUUACAACAAAGCGUCAAGAGUUGACAUUCACGAGCCUUCAACUUGGGUUGGAAAAGGUCAGCUUUUAUUGACCAAAGGGGAAGUUGAACAGGCAUUUGCUGCAUUCAAGAUUGUUUUAGAUGGAGAUCGUGACAAUGUUCCUGCCCUUCUAGGUCAAGCAUGUGUUGAAUUCAACCGUGGACAUUAUUCUGAAUCAUUAGAGCUGUAUAAGAGGGCCUUGCAAGUGUAUCCUGAUUGCCCUGCUGCUGUAAGACUUGGCAUAGGCCUCUGCUGCUACAAAUUGAAACAAUAUGGAAAGGCUCAGCGAGCAUUUGAGAGAGUUUUGCAGUUGGAUCCAAAAAAUGUUGAGGCUCUUGUUGCUCUAGCAAUCAUUGAUAUGAACACAAAUGAAGCUAGUCGAAUUAGAAACGGGAUGGAAAAGAUGCAGAAGGCAUUUGAAAUAUACCCUUCUUGUGCAAUGGCUCCGAAUUACUUGGCAAAUCACUUUUUCUUUACUGGUCAACGCUUUUUGGUGGAGCAAUUGACUGAAACUGCAUUUGCCAUUGCUGACCAUGGACCCACUAAGUCUCAUUCUUUUUAUAAUCUAGCUCGGUCUUACCAUAGCAAGGGAGACUAUGAGAAACCUGGCUUGUACUACAUGGCAUCCGCAAAGGAAGCUAAUAAACCCCGUGAGUUUGUAUUUCCUUGUCAUGGUUUGGGUCAGGUUCAACUGAAGAUGGGAGAUCUUGGAAGUGCAUUAUCAAACAUGGAGAAGGUUUUGAAGGUUUAUCCCAACAAUUGUGGGACAUUGAAAGUACUUGGUCAUAUUUAUGUUCAGCUUGGUCGGUCUGAGAAGGCCCAGGAGGCUUUAAGGAAAGCUACAAAAAUUGAUCCACGUGAUGCACAGUCCUUUUUAGACCUGGGAGAAUUGUUGAUUUCAACCGAUGAAGAUGCUGCUUUGGAUGCCUUCAAAACUGCUAGCAUUCUCUUAAGAAAGGGAGGUCAAGAGGUACCUACUGAAGUGCUCAACAAUCUUGGGGUUCUUCACUUUGAAAGAGAAGAGUUUGAGCUUGCUGAGAGAAAUUUCAAGGAGGCUUUAGGUGAUGGAAUUUGGCUAGAUUUUUUUGACGGUAAAUUGAGAUGCACUGCUAUUGAAGCAAGUGCGUCUGUUCUUCAAUACAAGGACAUGGAACUCUUUUAUCAACUGGAGAGGGAAGGUCGUUCAAUUGUACUGCCAUGGAAGAAAGUCACAAGUCUGUUUAACCUGGCUCGAUUAUUUGAGCAAUUGCAUAACAUUGAAGUUGCAAGUGCACUCUACCGCUUGAUUUUAUUUAAGUAUCCAGACUUUAUCGAUGCUUACCUGAGGCUUGCAUCCAUUGCAAAAGCUAGAAAUUAUGUUCAAUUAAGCAUUGAAUUGGUUAAUGAUGCUUUGAAGGUAGAUGACAAGUGCUCAAAUGCCUUAUCUAUGCUAGCUGAGCUUGAGCUAAAAAAUGAUGACUGUGUUAGCACAAAAGAAACUUUACAGGCUGCAGGUGAAGCAACCAAUGGAAAGGAUUCGUCUGCGACUCUUUCUCCGAGCUCAUGGUCGGAUAAGUUGCUGUCAAAAGUUGAUUCAAAGAAGAUUGGUGGUCGUGCGGGUGGUGAGAAGUUGUUGAAUGAGAUAGAAACCAUAAGCAACGCUCUUUAUCUGACCAAAAAUCCGUUGAGGAAUUCUAGUUCUGGUGCUAAUGCUCGGCAAAGAUCUAUUGGGAAAACCAAUUUGCCUGAUCCCAAAUCGCAGCCAAAAAGCGGCAAUGAAGAUCCAACACGUAAGGAUAAGAAAUCUAUCUGGAGUUGGAAGACUUUGAAGGCGUUCUCCCAUGUUCGAAACCGCAAGUUUAAUUGUUGUUUCUCUCUCCUAGUUCAAUCAAUCAAGGGGUUACCUUCGGACCUGGAUGAUUUUAGUCUAAGUGUGUUCUGGAAGAGGCGGGAUGGCUUAUUGGUAACUCGCCCUAAGAAGGUCGUCCAGGGCAAGGUAGAAUUUGAAGAGGAGUUGUACUGCACUUGUACAGUACAUGGUAGGGGGAAUGGACCCCAUCAUUCUGCAAAGUACGAGGCCAAACAUUCUUUACUCUAUGCUUCUGUAUAUGGUGCUUCUGAGGUUGAUUUGGGGAAACAUCGGGUUGACUUAACAAGGUUUCUUCCCCUUACAUUGGAGGAGUUAGAAGAAGAAAAGAGCUCUGGUAAGUGGGCUACCAUUUUUAAAUUAUCUGGUAAGGCUAAAGGGGCCACAAUGAAUGUCAGUUUUGGAUACACAGUGGUGGGUGAUAAUUUAACUGCCUCUGGAAAUCAUAUUGGCGAUUCCUUAAAGUCGAAGCAGAAUAAAUAUGGUAUUGGGAAAUCCGAGAUGGUGUUCGGUGAAUCUGGUGGAAGAAGCAGAAUCCAGAAUACCAAGAGUUCUCCUGGAAAGACGUAUAAUGAUUCUCUUGUUUCAUCCCGACCAGAAGAUGAUAUAAAGGAUCUUCAUGAGGUUUUACCAGUACCGCAGUUAGAACUUGCCAAGUCGGUAGAUGUAUUAUACAAAAAAUUUGAUGAUGGUGAAUUUGAUGCUUCAGCGGACAGCAACCCCAAGCUGGAUGUGUGCACUGAAUAUUCUCAUCUAAUGAAAUCUGAGGAUGAAAAUACCGAUGUUGAUUGUGGAACUGAGUUUUCAUUUGUAGAACAAGGGAUUGAAUUGUCAUCCAUGGAACAGGGGGAGAAAAUUGAUGCACAGAUUGAAGUGUUAGCAGAGGAACAGGUGGAGAAAAUUAAUGUAAAAGUUGUCGAUUCCUCUUCAGUUGGACGCCCUGAAAUAGACAAUGAAUCAUUGAUGGUUCAUGACGAGGGUAGCAGGGUUGACCAACAGAAGGAGAAGCAUGAUAACUACACCGAGGAGCUUGUUGCGUGUAAUAGUUCUUCAAAUGAUUAUGAUAUUUAUACCAAAGAAUCGAUCCUGAAGGAGUUGGAGUCAGCUUUAAGUUGCGUGUCUGAACUGGAGACAGUAGCAUUGGAGUCUCCUGAAGAAGAGCAUAACUCAGAGUUCAUGUCAAGUGAUGAACCAACUGGAGAGUGUCUACCCCUUGAUUUCGACGAAGAGUUUUUGGAAGACGAAUGUUUGGAAAGUGAUUUCUUACGUAUGUUGGGUAUUGAGCAAAGUCCAUUUGGCUCGAGUUCUGAUAACGAGCCAGAGUCUCCAAGAGAGCAGCUGUUACGACAAUUCGAGGAUGAAGCCGCAGCCGGUGGUUAUUCCUUGUUCGAUUUUGAUAUUGAAGAUGAUAAUUAUCCAGCAUGUGGUUAUAAUUUUAAUGGAAGUUCUGAUACAUCUUUUGAUCUUCCGUCAAUUGGCAAUGCUAAUGAAGCCAUCGACUUCACAGAAGAUGCAGCAGUAUGGAGUAAGACGAAGGCAAAGAUGUUGGAAGAUUUGGAAACUGAGGCUUUGAUGCACAAAUGGGGAUUGAAUGAGGAAGUCUUUCAGCAGUCUCCAUCCAGCAGCUCUCAUGGGUUUGGAAGUCCAUCUGAUUUUCCUUGUGAAGACCCGUUCGACCUACCUCCUCUCGGAGAAGGAUUGGGUCCAUUUAUCCAGACAAAGAAUGGAGGUUUUUUGCGAACUAUGAAUCCUGCAAUUUUCCAGAAUGCUAAGAGCGGUGGGAACCUGAUUAUGCAAGUUUCUUCUCCGGUGGUAGUGCCUGCAGAAAUGGGUUCUGGGAUAAUGGAAAUACUACAGCGUCUGGCCUCGGUUGGAAUCGAAAAGCUUUCUAUGCAAGCAAAUAAGUUAAUGCCAUUGGAAGAUAUAACUGGGAAAACAAUGCAACAGGUAGCAUGGGAAGCUUGUCCCGCUUUGGAGGGUUCUAACAGGCAAUGUAUGCCGCAGAGCAAACCAGUUUUUGAGCAAGAUUCAGAUGGUAGAAGAAAAGGUUCCAUGGGUAGUUCAUCCCGUUCUAGGCACGAGAAGUACAGUCCAAACUCUAUGCAUGGUGAGUCAGAGUCGGAAUAUGUAUCCUUAGAAGAUGUUGCUCCACUAGCCUUGGACAAGAUUGAAGCUCUUUCACUUGAAGGGCUGAGGAUACAGUCAGGAAUGUCAGAGGACGAGGCACCUUCAAACAUCAGUGCACAACCGAUAGGAGAAUUUUCAGCUCUCCGUGGCAAGGGAAUCGACAUUAGUGGAUCGCUUGGACUGGAGGGAACUGCUGGAUUGCAGUUGUUGGACAUAAAAGACAAUGGUGAUGAUGUUGAUGGAUUAAUGGGUCUCUCUCUCUCUCUUGAUGAAUGGAUGAGACUGGAUUCUGGUGAACUUGAUGAUGAAGAAAUCAUCAGUGAACAUACUUCUAAAAUACUCGCUGCUCAUCACGCAAAUUCGUUGGACUUCAUUCGUGGUGGCACGAAAGGAGACAGAAGGCGAGGAAAGAGUUCGAGCAGAAAGUGUGGUUUACUAGGCAACAACUUCACCGUGGCACUGAUGGUGCAACUCCGGGAUCCAUCGAGAAACUACGAACCAGUUGGUGCUCCAAUGCUUUCUCUUAUCCAAGUGGAGAGAGUGUUCAUCCCACCAAAACCAAAGAUAUACAGCACAGUUUCGGAGAUACGAAUCAACUACGACGAGGACAAUCUCGAGUCGGUUACAAGAGUAGAGAAAAAGGAAGAAGAACAAGAGGGGAAAGACAUUCCUCAGUUCAGAAUCACAGAAGUUCACGUAGUAGGUAUCAAAAGUGAGCCGAAUAAGAAACUAUGGGGCAGCUCUACCUCCAGCCAACAAAAAUCUGGUUCACGCUGGCUGAUCGCCAAUGGCAUGGGAAAGAGCAAGAACCAUCCAUCUCUGAAGACAAAGGCUGCUGCUUCCAAGCCAUUGGCUGCUCCAGAACCAAAGAAGGUGCAGCAGCCUGCGGGGGACAAAGGUAAAGAAUCGUUAUGGAGCAUCUCAUCUGGGGCUAUGUGGAAGGCCUUCUCGGCACUGAAUCCACACGCACGGAACCCAAAUGUGAUAUUCCCUAAGGAAGAUUCGAGGUUAAGGUGAGUGGUGGACGUAUUAUUGCUUUGCUUGCAAUUGGGCUGUUGAAUGUACAAAUAUUAGGCACACCCUCCAUGUUUUUUGAGGUAACCCAUCAGUUCUAAAGGAACUAAAAGAAGAAUCUGUAUUGUAUAAAUAUAUACACAAAUUACAAGGUUGAGUGAUUUUCUUUUAUGAUCUUACAUUUUUUCUUU